AUGUUAAUCCAAUGGGCCAAAGUGGCUUUCUUAGUCACGGCUGCCUCCGCUGCCGAACAGUCCUUCUCAUUCCUACCUCGUCACCUGGGGAAAGAUGAUCCGGUUAUCGUCAAAGGACGAGACUACGUCUUCAACGUGACGUUAUUCAAUGAGAUGAUGAACGCUAUCGAUGUCAUGCAAGAAGUCUAUUUCCAGCCAUGGGUUGGCACAUGGCCCUCUGCUAUCGACUGGACCGCUGCUGUUUUGGGGACACACAUUGCCGGUACCCUUGAAACUCUACAUCGGAGCCUCGAGAUAGCGGCGUCUAGGGGGAUCGAAAUCUUAGAGGGGUGGUCAGCAACGGAGAACACAAUCUCUCUUUACUUCUCCCAGUUGAUCGGCUUUUACUUCGGCCAGAACAUCUUUGCACUCCGCCAGGAAGCUUUUGAUGACAUGCUCUGGGUUGUAUUGGGCUGGCUCGAUACCACCAAGUUUGUUGAUGGGUAUAGCGGUACAUCCAGCCGGCCGCUGUCAGACUUUGGUGACGGCAAUGGUGUUGAGUUUCCAACAGAAACGUUACGGAAUCGUACCUGGCACGGGACUUUGUGGACUCCGGCGUUUGCUCACCGAGCGAGGAUAUUUUGGGAGCUGGCAGCCGCCGGCUGGGAUACGACACUCUGCGGCGGAGGGAUGAACUGGAACCCUCGAUUGCUGCCGUAUAAAAACGCCAUCACCAAUGAGUUAUUCAUCGCCGCAUCGGUGAUGAUGUACCUCCAUUUCCCUGGGGACGAGAACAACUCACCUUUCAUCUCUUCUGAGCACAGCCAGCAGCCCAGGUCUCCUCCCAAUCAUUCAACAGACAAGAAAUGGUACCCACACGAUCCCAAGUACCUCGCCGCUGCGCAGGACGCCUACAGCUGGUUGCUUUCCUCCAAUAUGACUAACGAACUCGGCCUAUACGCCGACGGCUUCCACAUCUCCGGCUACUCCUCCGGCAGCAACAAUACCAAGUGCGACGAGCGCGACGAGAUGUUGUACACCUACAACCAAGGCGUCCUUCUCACCGGGCAGCGGAACCUCUUCAGCGUUGAUCCCGAUCCAUCCUACCUGAAGGCAGGCCACACGCUCAUCCAAAACGUCAUCCGAGCGACCGGCUGGGACCUGGCGCGGGACUCUCCAGUUGAUGACCUCGAUAAGCUUAAGCCAGGCGAGCUCCCGCCCUGGCGCGGCUUGGGCCGGGCGGGUAUCCUUGAAGAGGUCUGCGAUGCGAAGGGCGAGUGCUCGCAGGAUGCGCAGACUUUCAAGGGGAUUUGGAUGCACCAUUUUACUGCGUUUUGUUCACCCAUCACCCAACCACAACCACAACUACACCACACAACAAAGACAACUACAGCACCACCUCCCGGUCCUGACCUCUGGAAAAGCAUAGCAAAAGAGCACUCAGCAGCUUGCCUACGGUAUUCCGGCUGGCUGAAGCACAACGCGCAUGCGGCAGCGCGCACCAGGGACAGCCAAGGCAAGUUUGGGGUCCCGCAGACUUCUGAGUGGGUUCCGGCAGGAAAAUUGCUGCCUGGAGGCGGAGGCGGAGGGCCAGGAGGUCCAACGGUGGUUUAUAAAGAUCGGGACAGUAAGGUGCAGCGUCCGUUGACUGGAAGCUGCCAGUUAAGUAAAGGGUCGAAAAAGACGGGUCUUAACGUGGCUGAGGAGUGUAGCCGGAAAGUGGUGGAUGAUGGUGAUCCGAAUACUCGCGGUAGGGGCAGGACGGUGGAAACACAAAGCGGAGGGUUGGCGGUAUUGAGAGCGUUGUGGGAGCUUUCUGUACAGGGUGAGUAGAGUGGUGGUCUUCUAGAGAGAAGUAUUGCACAUAGGUCCUAACUUGAAUAACUUUAUUCUAACAAGCCCUUAUUUUUCAUACCUUAUUUAGACUGCAGUAACACAUCAAGAAUGCUUUCGACAGUCCUAACAAGAUUGACCUGUACAUUGCAAAGUUGAUGUAAAACACAGCCAUAUCAGUCCUCUGUCUUUGUGGAUAUACCCCCCAACUUGUUCUUGUUCACCUGGUGAUAUUGCGAAACUGGUUCCUUUGUGAUGUUGAAACCACCGGCUUCUUCCUGGCCGUCACUCCCUAAUGAUAACCUUUGCCUCCGACAAAGGAAGAAGGAGAAAAAAAAAGAGUUGGGCGUCCAUAUGACCAAAUACUGGUAAUGCCUAGUCCAUACCCAAAAAAAAGCGAUCCAUCAACCCGUUAACCAUUCGUAAUAGUAACACCUAACGUCAGUCAUUCCGUAUUCCAUGCCUCCUAGCACCCUAUAGUCAGUCAUCAGCCCAAGCAUUAUCAUGAUCCCUCCUGUCGUCGUUGUUGUUCUUGUUGUCGCUCGAGUUACCGAGUAAAGGCACCGAACCUCCUGCCCGCGAUGGCGAUCCAUCGUCAUCGUCAUCCAGGGCUCUCGCCAAGUCAUCCGGAUCGUGCAUCUUAGCGUCCGGAUCCAGGACCUCCGUCACUCCAUGAUCCUCCAGCGACUGCUCAUGAUCAAGCACACCGUCAUCGGCGCUAACUGAGAUACCACGAGCGCCCCACUUGGAUCUCGGCGCCGAACCACGGCUGUUUCCGUUGCUAAUGCCAAUACCGUUGACCCCGCGUCGUCCUCCUAGAGCAGGGGCGCUCUCCUCGUCGUCAUCCGCGCUGUGCUCCCCAGUCAUACGCUUGUUGCCGAAGAUGUGAGUGAGAAGCCAUCCGCGCUGCAGGUCAUCGGAGUCGACAACGCCGCCGUUCCGCAGCUUGACACGCUGGCGUGUCCAGUAGACCCAGGCGAAGUCGGCGUAUAGGGCUGUCUGGAUGAGGCCAAAGACAAUGGAGAUACCAUCAGGCUUCCGGCCAUUGAUGUCGAGCGCACGGACGAUCCAGUUCAAAAUGUAGAGGGCGCGGUAGGAGCCCAGGAACACGAUGUAUAACGAAGUGAUGAC